ACUGUUGACACAGAUGGAAGAAACAGUCAAUUUUAGGUUAAUUUGGAUGCAAUUAAACCCAAAGAUUAUACACAUUUAAGAAAUAUACAAAACUGUUAGGUGCAAACCCAUCCAAAGCAAACCUAAAAUCAUCUUUUUAGCAACAGGUAUUGGGAAAAACAUGAGUGAAUUGAGUCAUUUUGCUCCUGCACAGCAUCACUCCCCCCGCUGCCUCUCGUUUCCGAGGUGGAGCCAGACAGCCCGACUCCUUUGAGUGCCCGGAACCCCUGGAAGAGCAGACGGAUCUGGGAGCAGCGGUGGUUGGCACAGCUUCUGGGACGCAGCAGAUCGGGGAGGGACCUGCCUGAGAGGAGGCUUCGAGAGGAAGGACGGGGAUUCAGAGGGAGCGCUUCGUGGAGAACAGCAGAUCACCCCCCUAAAAAAACGGAGGAAAGAUGAAUCCUUUGGUCUUGCUGGCGCUUUUGGCAUCGGUCGUUGCGGGAAAGGCGCCCAGGCUGAAAUUUAUGGUGCACGAGUCCCCCAGGUUCCACUUCAGCAUACCUGAGAACUACAUCAGCAUGUACCACCCGGAGGGGAGCGACACUCUGUAUGUGGGGGGCCGAGCUGUCAUCUAUGUGCUGAAGUUCACCGACAGCAAAGUCUAUGACGUGCAGCAGAUCCCUGUGGCGUCUGAUCAGACUGCGAUCGACACCUGCAAGGCGAAAGCUGCACCUCUCGAGCUGGAGUGUGAUAAUUUCAUCACCGUCCUUCAGAAAGUAAAUGACACAUUCAUAGUCUGUGGAACAAAUGCAGGAAGCCCAAGGUGCUGGAUGCUGGUUAAUGACACUGUGCUCACAGAUGUCCAGGGAGGCCACAUAGCGUCGGCCUCGGACAUCUCACCGCCUUAUCCGUCACAGAAGUCCAUCAGCCUGCCUGCAGAUGGGAGUCUGUAUUCUGCUAUGUCGGUGGUUGGAGGUCAAAGUGGCUCAAUCCGGCGUACGUUUGGCCCUCAGAAACUCCUGAAGACAGAGAACGUUUGGCUGCUAAAUCCUCAGUUUGCAGGUGCAGCUAUAAUCCCAUCUUCAGAAAAAUACAAGGAGGAGAUCUACUUUUUCUUCAGCGAGUUCAACCAAUCAGCCAAGAUGGAUGAAGAGCCGUUCAGAGCGCGCAUCGGCCGAGUCUGCACGGUGGAUGAAGGCGGCAUCAUGCAGCUGCUACCAAACUCAUGGACGACCUUCAUGAAGGCGCGAGUGAUGUGUGGUGCAGGAAACACUCAGCAGCAGUACAACAAUUUGAAGCAGGCAGUGGUGGUGACAGCCCAGGAGCAGAGGGCUGGAAUCAUGUACGGCCUUUUUUCCAACGCGUGGGGAAAAAAGGUGAUUUGUGCCUACUCCAUUGAAGACAUCAACAAAGCCUUCUCCACCUCUAAACUGAAAGGCUACAGCAGCCCAUUGUCAGGCAAUCGCCCCGGAAUGUGCACCCGCAAAGGUACAAUCUCAGAGCAAAAUCUGAUCAAAAACCUCGGGGUGAUCAGAUACAACCCGGAGAUUGAGGACGUGAUCCGGCCCGUCGGCGUGGCUCCACUCGACCUCCCCACUGACGAAGAAAUCACGCACACGCUGGCGGACAUUACCCUCGCCGUCAACGAUGAGCACUACACCGUCCUGUACCUGGGGACAGAACAGGGCAACGUUCUCAAAGCGAUUCACACCAACCAAGAGGUUUUCAUCAUCUCUCAGUACUCGCUGUUUCGCAACAAGGGGCCUGUUCUCAACAUGGCCAUUGACUCCCAAAAGGGACACUUGUAUGUUGGCACAGCCAUGGAGAUUCAGCGGUUGCCACUGGCUGACUGCGGUCGCUAUGGUGACACAUGCAGGGAUUGCAUCCUUUCCCGGGAUCCGUACUGUGGCUGGGACAAAGCCAGGAGAAAGUGUGUCACCGUUCCGCCCGGAUACAACAUGACGUAUGGAACACUCCUACAGAAUCUGGACCAAUCAAACUCCUCCGUUUGUGGGGAAGCUGCGGCCCUGAAGCAGCGCCGAACUUCACCCAAGGAGGUGGUGAUCCAGUCCAACACCUCCGUGUUCCUCCCCUGCCCCGUGCGCUCCUUCCAUGCCUUCUAUCGGUGGGAGAAAGACAACUGCAUCAAGAACUACCCUUGCCUUUUCUCAGGAGACUUCUGCGUCCUGGGCCCGCUGGUGGACACCCCCCUGAAGGAAGGUGUCUUCCGCUGCAUGGCCACAGAAGAUGGCUUCAAGGUGGAGGUCAUCUCCUUUCGACUGGUGAACGACGGCAGACUUCUGUCGGCCUCCCUUGCCUCCACCCUCGGGCUUUCUCUGCUGCUCGCCGUAGCUACCUUAUGGCUCCAUUAACCAACAGCUAACACUUAAGCUAACUCCUCAUUCAUUGACGGCUCCUUCUGACUGGAGCCACCGUGUGGAGGUCAGGUUCGCAUAGCAUUGACGUACAUGGUUGGGUUUUACAGGGACAUUUCACCUUUUCUAUUUGGGUUUUUAGAAAAAGUCAUCCGAUCGACGGAGUAAAAAAAAAUCUAUAUUUUUAGCUGCAGCCACAGCUGUCUUAAUUAGAUCUAAACUGUAAUAAUCCAUUUACAUUUAAAACAUAACUUGGAGGUAUUGUUUGUGAAUUGUCGUCUUUAAGUUCUGACUAGAUUCAACCAUAAUUAGGUGCUUUGCGAACCCUUCCUCUCAAAAAAAAAAAAAUUAAAAAAAACAUAUCUGAUACCUUGGGCUACAAAACAAUACCAGGCCAAUUCUUUUUAAUACUACUUCUUUCUAAAUUGUGCUUCUUUGUGAAUACGUAUAUCCUUGGUAAUGCGCUUCAUUUAUCCGUAACAUCUCAUUGUUAUAGCUCAGUAACUUAGAGAAAAUGUCUGGUAUUGAGAUUUACAAAGCCUUAACACUCCUGGAACAUAAACUCCUAAGCACAAUUUUGCAGUUGAAGCAGAUUACUGCUGACUCGGCUGGACUUGGAGCUGUGAUGAAUGCAGCUGAGUCCAGCACCAUGGCUGGGAGGAAGUGUCAGCUAAUUGACAGGAAGUCGGCUGAUGAAAAAGAGCGCAUUCUUGAACAUCACUGUGUCCCAUCACCUCUUCUUCAAGAAUAAGCAUUUUUAUUUAAUUUUUUUUUUUAGCAGAUGGCAUUGAGGAUAUGUGCUGCUGCACUUUGUUUUCAGUUCCUCUCUUGACAUGCCAUGCAAAGCAUGUGUGAGACCCUCUGAGAAUCUUACGGGGAGUCCAGAAUCUCUUUUUUGUGAGGUGGCAUGCUACGAGGGAAACUAAUCUUUGAGCCAGAAGUUCCAAACGAGGUGCUGUGCUCUUGCAGUUUUGAUGAAAGAAUAAUCACAGUACCAUCAGGCUAAACAGAACCACAUAGCAGAGUCGCAUUUUGUAGUUUUCCUGGCGAAGAAAUGUAUAAUUAGAUAGCUGGAGUAUGUCGUGGAUGUCGUUGCUCUGCAGGUGCGGACUUCUGUCGCCGCGUCUGCAUUUGUGAUCAUUUGUCUUGAUGGGUUUUAACAUUGAUUUGCCAUAGUUUGAAUGUAUUGUGUAUUGUUGCCUGUUUUGACUUCCCUGGGCUACAUCAGCAUGAACAGACAGCUGCUGCAUUUUUCUACUCCUUUAUUUGUUCUAUAAUGCAAAAAAAAAAAAAACAAAGAGAGAAAACGCUUGAUAAAUUCAAACGGGAAGCUUCAUCAUAUUUGAAUUUAUCCAUUUAGAGGGCUUGAAACAGAGAGGAAAGGUCUCACGUUGAUGCCUGGUACCCAGCUGCGUCCACAUGCAGCGCUGGGAUCGCUUGAUUUGAAACUGAAUGUCACGCAACUAACAUACCAUUAGCAUAAUCCUUUAAUUUGAUCAGAGAUGUGAUACACCUGGAGAAAAAAUAAAAAUAAAAAGUGAGACUAUAAGGACGACAGAAGGAAGGGAUUUUAAGUGAAGGGAGAAUCAAGAAUGCAGAGCAGCAAACAAAGCAGAACUGUAAGGAUGAAUUAGACGAUGGAUUAGCGUUUUUCUCUAGAGCUUUGAGAAUUAUCAUGUCCUAAUGGUACAUAAAUCUGUCUGAGAUGAGCUUUCCACAGUGGCAGACUCGUCAUUAAUGGCUAAUUAGAUGACGGGACUGGUUUGCGUUGUAUUGUAUUUAAGAAUUUCAUUCACACGGUGAGGAAUACGGGUGCGAGCUCCCGCAGGAGACAUCGACACUUUGCCUUUUUAUCUAACCGCUUGGUUCAUUUUCUUGUUUUCUGGGCUAUUUGCUGCACCACAGAAACAGCUUUUUUUGGAGCUUUAACUCUCCAAUACUCUUUAUCUCGUUAAGAUGUCCCAGUCUCCAUCACAUAUUUUGUGCUGAAUGCAUCUUAUGUUAUACGAACAUGCCGUUUCAGCAGAUUUACAGGAGAUCCGUUACUCUUUCUCCAUUCAAAUUCUGUGAUUACAGGGAAUAGUGAACGCGGAGAUCUUUGGUAUUUAGCUGAACCUCUUGGGUUUUGCUCCUUUAACAAAUUCACACAAAACUAGAAUAAAAAUGAACAUCUGUGUUGACUUUGUUGCUUAACAGUCUUAGUGCAGAUAACCGUUUCUAUUAGUGUAGGAUGUUGGUGUGUAAAAAAACUGCUUUUAUGAAGAAUAUCCUUGCAGACAUACUUACCAGACAUUGUUACUUUAAAUUGUCUGAAUGUUGUUGUUUUUCAUUUAUAAUUAUUGAUUUCUACCAAAGAAUUUACUUUGGAAGGAAAAUAUAUAAUGUCAUUUGCGAAAAGUAUUAUUUUAAUGUGUUAAAACUACUUUAAAAAUGACAGAUCUUCACUCAAAAAUAUCUUGUUCCCAGACAGGACGUUCCUAAUAUUGUAGUUCCUCAAAAGACCACUAGAGGGUGGUUUCAAAGGGGAUCUACUUUCCUUUGUUUUGUUAAGAAGUUAGAGUUAAUUUAAAUUAUUAUUAUUUACCAUCUGGUAUCAAUAAUGUUUUAGAUUUAUGAUUUUAUUAACCCUUUAACAUCUGAGGCGUCGCCGGUGACGCUUAAACACAAAAUCUUCAACACACUGUAACGGUUCAACUGUUAACACGAUCAACGUAAUUCCAGCAGAUUUUGAUCGUGCUAACAUUUAAGAAAUUACAGUAAAUCCAAGAAAAAAAAACACUUUAGUUCCAAUGUUAAAGGGUUAAAAACAAAAGCAAGAAUUGAGUUUUUGUUUGCUUUAUAGCUAUUUUGAUUUCAUCAGACCUCAAAUUUGUGAGUUGAUUUGUUGCUACAUUAUGAUUUUCAAGAUUAUUGCAGAUUCUCGCAAGCCUUUAUGACAUGAAAAAACAGAAAUAUUAGUCUUUGGUCUUGCAUUGUGGGGAGUACUUCAGUAUAACAAAAUACGAUGCAACUUUUUAGCUCAAAUAAAAAUAAACAAAGAUCAUUUUUAUUUAUUUUUUGAUCAUUAAAAAACUAAUUUUGUUUUUUCUUUAGGUCAUUUUUGUCUUAAUCCGGUCUAUAAAACUGUUUUCCAGCUCAGUUUAAUUACGUUUCAUGUGACUAAUGAAGAUUGAAAUGUAAAGUGAUGCAAAUUCGCUUAACAAAAAACAGAUAUAGAAGUUCAGAACAGAAAUAUUGAGCAUUAAGAUUAAAUAUUCAAGGGAUUUAAAUCUUCCUUUGAGCUUUUUUUUCUUAAAAAAUCUCACAUUGACAGUCACACAAAAGUGAUUUAAAAAAAAAAUGUAAAAAUGGCAGAAAUCGGAUUUUAAUUGGCUUGAUUAUCCUGUGAAGCAGCCUUAAAGCAAUGUUGCAAAACUUUGUUUCUAUCCAGUCACAUUUUUUAAAUGUUUAUUUUGUAAAGUUAUCUACUAUAGCUAUGUAAUAACUCCUAACUGCAUCGCUUCAGUAGAUGUAUUUUCGGGACACAAACACACAAUUUUUGUAACUUUUUUCUGCAGAAGUCUGGACACAAUGAACCAGACACUUAGUGUAAAAGCAGUGGAGGUGACUUAUUUUAGGUAGUACGUGUUGGGAACCCCAGACAUGAGGUGCUGCUCUAAAGAUAGUAAAAAAACAGUUUUAUCAAUGUUAUUCAUUUGCAUAGAAAGGUUAAUGCAGAAAAAGAAGCUUUUCAAUAUAUAGGAGGUGUUGUUUCCAUUAACUAAACGAAAAAAAAAAACUAUAAUGUGUGGACGUCAAACCUUAGCUGGAGGAAACUCCAAAUGUAUCAAGUUUGUUGUGUUCAGAAUAUUCUAGAAGGGCUUAAGGUUGUGCUGCAAACAUGCACAAGUCAGUUUGUCUGAACUAUAAAUCCCAACUUUUCCACAAAGGAUCUCUGUAAAGAAACUAAUUGUUAUUUUAGAUUAAGGUGUCACAUUUAAUGAAAAAAAAAUUCUAUAUAUGUAAUAUAUAAGUACAAAUUCUGAUUUAUAAAUGAUCAAAAGACUGUAUAAUCCAUGGUAUCGUAGCAGGUGAUGUGUUGGCUCCAUCAUAAAAAAUACAUCAUUUUGACUCAGUAAAUUAAGUUUUCAUCAGAACUGCUAUAUCUGAGCCACACAGGAGGAAAUUACCAAUUUACUAACUUACAAUCACAAUACAAAAAUGUUAUUGCUUUUAUUUUAAUUCAAAAUCCCAACAUAAUGAUGCAGUUGAGCAAUAAGGAUAAACAUGACUACAAGCUUUAGGGUGAAAACCAGAGAAAACCAGGUGUCCUUCUAUUUGUUCACGUUCUCCCCUGCAGCACUUCUAACACAAACACAUGGAAGUUCAGAUUAGAAUGAACUGAUCUCUGCCUGCCGUCGAAGAAAAAAAAAACGCCUCUCUGUCCAAGUCCUUGAUUUGAUCUGAAUAUUCCCAUAGCAUCUAAGUCCAAAUGUACUUAUCACACUCACACAUCUGCCAUGGUCACCCCGUCCAGUAAAGACUAAUCUCCUUCAAAUGUUUCCCUUUUGGAAGACGCUAUCUGCUGUUCGAGUCACAGUUGUGAGGCGGGUUGCUGUGUUGUUUUGUUGUUGGGUUUUGAGUGUCUGUACAUGGUGUGUGCCCACGAUUCUGUCUUGAUAUAUAUUUACUUUUAUUAGUAACAUGCCAAACUCUAAUCUAUGAGAAAAGAAAAAAAGAUAUUUAUACUGUAUUGUUGCCAUAUCACUCUAAUACCAACUCAUGACAUGUAUUUUUAAAUAACAGAUAUCUAGAGUGCAUUAGAUAUUCAUGUAACAAAUUCAUACGACAUGUGUUUCCCUGACAUGUGACAGUGAAAAUUAAUAAAAUAUGAGUAUUAAGAAA